AUGAAGUAUGCCAUGUUACAUAAGAUUGGUGCUACAAAUUGGGUGCCUACCAAUCACAAAUCUACCAUUGCUACUGUUCUAGGAAGGUUUAUCUAUGUUGUUGGUACAAAAGCCAAGUUUGAUUAUGGUAAAGCUGCAGUGAUUGCUAUGCUCAGGGAAAUAUGCAAGGAAUUGGUGACCAGAAAGUUGACCCUUGAAAAGUUGAUCUGCUCUCUUGAGAUGGAAGAAGGUGUUGAGUUUGCUGAGAAUGAAGAGGAAGUUGGUCCCGAGGAAGGAGAUGAACAAGAAGAUGGUUCUGGUGAUGAUGAGCAGGAAGCUGGUCCAGAUGAAGAGGAAGAAGCAGUUGCUAGUCCUACGGAUGGCACUAAUGAAGACAAGGAUAGUGAUGAAGACAACUCAGAGUUUGCUGACUAG